AUGGAAGGCAAGUCUGUACUUUUGUAUCUUUUGGAAUACUCUUACAGUUCUUCGUCACCGAAUGGAAUAUUGUCGUGUUCAUCAACGUAUACUGAAGUCUACAGACACUUUCAAUAUUUCAAAAACCCAACUGGAGAAGUGCCUUGCCCACUAACUCUACAAAGAGUCAAAGCAUGCGGGAUAAAUGCGAUGAAAAAGAAAGACGUUGCUGACCUUUUUUGUUUCCUCGACGAGGCAAGUAUUCAGUGGAGUCAACAAGAAGUAUUUGAUAAAACAGAGAAAGCGAAUGGUGAUAUACAACAGGGUCUAGAUGAAGAAGAUGAAUGGUUCUCCGAGGACGACAUGCUCGACAGUGAUGCUGUAUCUGAGUAA